UAUACUCUGUAUAACGUAACUUGACCACUUUCGUUGGUCGCUGCCUGGCUGCCAUGCAGCAUUUCAAAACAUAUGACUCAAUUCUACUACGUCCAAGCAGUGCAAGCCACUUAGACCACGCUUGGGACGUAUUGGGACCAUAAACCGCACGCCAUCAGCAACGUCGGCCGGAAAAUUGUACUCGCAUCAGUACAACUUGUCUUCAACUUGUCUAAGCCACCGCCCAAGUUGUAUCAAACUCCACAGUAAUUACAAGCUGCUGUAACAACCCCGAAAAGUGUCACUACGCGCAGCUGGAUCUUUUUAACCGUCCUCAUGCGUCUUAUAUUACCGGCGGGAUUAUGGCCAGAUUUGAUCUACGGCAGCAUCAAGAGUUUCCUCCCAGCCGCGUUAAAAAUUUCUGGUUAUUCCGGCUGUUCCAUUCCAAGCUCUGAGUAAAGAUGGGAUUCCGGAUGCUCAUUAUGUCGCAGUUGUUGCACUGCUCCAAAGGCUCGAUAUAUCUUCUAAUCUGGACAGUCACUACUCAGCAAAAUCUUGCACCUCAACAAUCCAGCGUUCAUGGACCGCUCGAACAGAAAUUACUUGGCUACUGUUAUCCAACGCCUUUUUCCAGGCUACGAAGCUGAAUAUGCUUACAGUCGCUUUGGAAGCCAGCAUGUUACCACCUGGGAGUGUUCCAUAUAUUUGUAUCAUAGGGUGAUUGGCAUCGGGCAGGGGUCUAGUCGGGCAUCCGCCGCGGAGUGUGCAGCCCAUCGUGCUGUCGCUUACCAUCUACAUCCUCGAUACAGUCAGCAGUGCCCCUGGGCCUUUCGCAGGUGAAUGUAAAGGGAGGGGGUGUCGGAGG